AUGAAUUCGGUGUAACGCUACCAGAUGUUCACAUGUCAUUCCGAAUUUAGAAGAGAUCUGACAUGCAUGCUCAUCCCUUCUUCUAGCAUCCGCGUAUCGUUGAACAGCGGGUUGAAGGACAGCCGCCGCGCUCCCUCCGCCCUCCAUCACCCUCCGCUAUUGGCCAGCGCGCGCCGGGUUCAUUAUUUCUGUCUCUCGGAUGUGAGAGACUCGCCGCGCUCCCGCUCGCUCGCUCACUCGCACGCACGCACCGACUACGCGCGGAAGAGAGAGAUGCCACCGCGUUCCCCCGAAUGAGAUUCACGCGAAGUCGCGGACAAUCGCAGAACUUCGGGUUUAUCGCAACGGGAGGGACCUGUUAAUAAAACCGAGGAAACCGAUGGCACAUGCAUGAGACCGUCCGAGCGGCUCCCCGGUUUAGUUGGGGACGCAGGCGAGCAGCGCAACGACGAUGGGACGCUUUGGGGAGAAGGCACGGUACACUUGCUUUGGCUUUCUCACGGUCCUCGUUCUCCUGCUGCCCAGUGCGAUGGCUCGAGGGUCACGUGAUGGUCUGUCUGCGAUGUCUGGAACACUGCCUCACUUCCUGCAGGAGCCUGAUGAUGCGUACAUUGUCAAGAGCAACCCCAUCAAGUUACGGUGCCGCGCACGACCCGCCCUCCAGAUCUUUUUUAAAUGCAACGGGGAGUGGGUGCAUCAGAACCAACACACAUCAUUGGAGCAUACUGAGCUGGGAACAGGCCUGAAGAUCCGUGAAGUGAUGAUAAAUGUGUCCAGACAACAGGUGGAGGACUUUCAUGGACCUGAGGACUUCUGGUGUCUGUGUGUAGCAUGGAGUCACUUGGGUACGUCCAAGAGUCGGAGAGCCACUGUCCGUAUUGCCUACCUGAGGAAGAAUUUUGAACAGGAGCCGCAGGGGUUGGAGGUGCCAAUCAACGGCAUGAUCGUUCUCCACUGCCGCCCACCAGAGGGAGUGCCUGCAGCUGAUGUGCAUUGGCUGAAGAACGAAGAACCGGUGAGUUCUCUAGACGAUGUCAACAUUGACACUCGAGCUGACCAUAAUUUGAUCAUCAAUGAAGCAAGGCUAUCCGACUCCGGAAACUACACCUGCUUGGCCAGCAACGUUGUUGCUCGGAGACGUAGCGCAACUGCAUGUGUCAUUGUGUUUGUGAAUGGUGGGUGGUCAUCCUGGACUGACUGGUCAGAAUGUAACACUCGCUGUGGGAGAGGAGUUCAGAAGAGAACACGGACCUGCACUAACCCUGCACCGCUGAACGGAGGAGCUUUCUGUGAGGGAAUGUCUGUUCAGAAGAGCAGUUGUACCUCUCCCUGUCCAGUGGAUGGUGGCUGGGCGGAGUGGACUGAGUGGUCUGCAUGUAGCUCUGAAUGUGAGAGACAGCGAACCAGGGAGUGUACGGACCCGGAGCCCAAACAUGGAGGUAGACUGUGCGACGGAGCCGCCCUAGAUACAGAUAACUGCACCGGUGACCUCUGCAUUCAAGAUAGGAAGCUGCUCCACGACGUGAAGGUUCCUCAAGCUGAAAUGGAGACCAAUAAUGACGUGGCCCUGUACUCUGGGCUGGCUGCCGGUGUGGUCACUGUGGUCAUACUGGUCAUUGCAGUAAUGCUGUACAGGCGAAACCAAAGCGAGUAUGGCGUUGAUGUUAUCGACUCGUCUGCGCUGACCGGAGGAUUCCAGUCUUUCAGCUUUAAAAGUGCCAGGCAAGGUAACCCUCUAUUAAUGAACUCAUCCAUGCAGCCUGAUCUGACCGUGUCACGGACUUACACAGGCCCCAUUUGUUUUCCCGACUCCAUGGAGAAGGAGCUUAUCCCCGAACCGGCACUGUUCGACCCCCUCCCUGACCUCAAAGUCAAAGUUCACAGCUCCUUCAUGGUGUCCCUUGGUGUGUCCGAGAGAGCGGAGUACCACGCAAAAGCCCCUUCCCAAACCUUUCCUCGUGGCGUGGUACAGGAGGUUGGAGGAGGAGGUGGUACGCUGGGCGGGAGGGGGAGGAGUCAGCUAGCUCCCGCCCAGCCAGCGCUGAUCACCAGUAUGUCAAGCGGCAAACGACCACUCAGGGCCAGCGGGGUGUUCGGGCACGGCGGAGGGCGACUGGUGGUGCCCAAUACAGGUGUGAGUUUGCUGGUGCCACAGGGCGCGAUCGAAGAGGACACAACCUGGGAACUGUACAUAAGCAUUAGCCAGCAGGACUCCAGUUCUUUGUCUGAUGAAGGUCAGGAAAUUCUGCUGAGUCCAGAGGUAACAUAUGGCCCACCUGGCCUGAGCCUUUCCUGUCCUGCUGCUCUGACGAUAGCCCACUGUGCAGAUGUGAGUUCAGAAGACUGGAGUAUUAAGCUUAAGAGACAAACCCAGGACAACAGCUGGGAGGAGGUGAUGGCUGUGGAUUCAGAGAGCACCUGUUGUUACUGCCUGUUGGACACUCAGUGCUGCCACCUGUUGGUGGAAAGAGCAGGGUGUUAUGCUUUAGUUGGAGAGGCUCUCACACAGGCAGCUGGGAAGAGAAUCCGACUGGCUGCGUUUGGAAACAUGGAGCCAAACUUUCUCAACUAUAGCAUUCGAGUGUACUGUGUGGAUGACACGCCCCACUCCUUUCAGGAGGUGGUAUCAGUGGAGCGAGGUCGAGGUGGCCGCCUCCUGGAGGAACCCAAGACCCUGCUCUUCAGAGCGAACUCUUUUAGUCUACAGGUCUCCAUCCAGGACAUCCCACAGUUCCUCUGGAGCAUCAAACCUUUCACCACCUGCCAGGAAUUCUCGUUCUCUCAGGUGUGGUGUAGUAACCAGACUCCUCUGCAGUGUGCCUUUUCUCUGGAGCGCUACAGUCCAGCAGCCAAUCAGCUCUCCUGUAAGAUCAGUGUUCGGCAGGUCAAAGGUCAUGAGCAGAUCCUACAGGUCUACACCACCAUUGCCGAGAGUGAAAAAGACACAGUGCCAUUCUUCACACAGUCAGACUGUACCAUCACCUCCCAGACGGGGUCCAGGGCCUUUAAAAUCCCCCUGUCCAUACGGCAGCGGAUCUGUGCGACAUUUGACACGGCCAACGCCAAGGGCAAAGACUGGCAGCUUUUAGCACAGAAACUGCACAUAGACAGGAAUCUGGGUUAUUUCGCAUGCCAGGCGAGCCCAUCUGCUGUAAUACUGAGUUUAUGGGAAGCCCAGCAUCAGGACAGAGGCGAUCUGGACUCUUUGGCCAGCGCUUUAGAGGAAAUCGGUAAAGUUCACUCCAAACACUCAACCAGCGUGGACACUCUGGACCGGAUCAGCAAAACUACUGACCCUACCAUAAACCGCAGCAGUGAGGAACUAGACACGGACCAUACCUAAAAACUUUAUCCUUUGGAAAUGAGGAGCUCAUUGCUGAGAGGAGAGGGUGUAUCGUAGGGAGAGGGGAGGUGGCAUUUUAAGAGGUUGCCCCACCCUUUCAAACGGUUGCUCCUCCCCCUUUUUGACUGACUAAAACAGGGUGUUACAAAUGGGACGUGACCAAAUAGACAAGCUACAGUGAUGCACAGAAACUUUCUCACACGCACAUAUCCACACAAUAUUCUUAUAAGUUACUCAUAAAUGCAUCAGAACAAACUAAAAACGUAAGCAUAAUUUUGCAGCUAAAGAUUGUGGGUAUGCUUUUGCAACAUUACUGUUUUCAGCAGAGAUUAAAUGAAGUUUAAGUCUUGACUUGCAACCACAAGCUUGGGCAACUCGAACUGUGUGACCAGACUGGGCUGCCUUGAUGCUUCAGAAUGUGUUGUCGUUUUUGUGUGACAAUUUUUUGCGUCUUUCUGUUUCAAUACCAAAACGGUUGUCUGCAUUUCUGAGUUACUUUCUGAUUGCAAUUAGAUUAAAAAGAGAAAAAUCUGUUGUUCUAUUGAUUACCAUUAAAGCCUGUUGGGUGUAAACUGAAAGCUAUAAGCUACUCAAAGAUAACCAAACAACUACUUUCAAAAGAUGAGAUUUAUUUGAAAAAAAAAAAAAACACACAAGUCAAUGCUUUCAGAAAGUGUGAAUUGAGGUAUAAUAGAAAAUGAUUGUAAAGUCUCUCAAAAUGACAAAUGAUGGACAACUGUGUGUCAUAGAUUUUAAAUCCGGAGUCCUUUAUUGCAAAACUCUGCGAAAUCAAUCAAUCAUAUUUUGACAGUAACCUGUGGUGGUUUCAUGUGAUAUCACCUGCCCAUGGGUAAUUUUUCACCCGUUUGUAGAUUUUGUUUUAUCUGAAUACAUCUAGUACCAGAUUUUGACCUUAUGCCGUCCACAAGGGAUUCAAACUGACAAAACACCUUUUUUAAAACGCACAAUAUGCUAAUAUGUUCACAUACAGACAUACAUAAUAAAAGGCAUUAUGUAAAAUCAACCUCACAUAGCAGUAUCUGCAAGCAUGUCUCAUCCGGGCUGAACAUCAUUGCACAUCAUUUCAUCUGAGUGUGAAAGAUGAGCUGCCAGGAUAUGUGUGACGCUAAUGCUGUAUUAACAUAAAAUUGUGUGAAUAUGUGAUGAAGUAAUGUUGCAUCAGGCUACGAAGAUGGUGCUUUUUGAUGUGGGAAAAUAUUAGCAAAACCAUAUGGGUGAUUCUCGCAAAAUUAUACUUAUGAGGUGUCAUGAAACAUUUUGAUAAAAAAUAAAUGCUAUCAAAAUAAGAAGCAUACAGUUACAAACAUCUCUUCAUUUACUAUUUUGCACAUGAUUUCAAAUGACUUCAUACAAACCAAUUUUGUAGUUUUUUCCACAUUUAAGGUGAAAAUUUUCAUUACCGCAACGUGUCCAUGGCUGGAUUUGGGUUCUUUGACAUGGAAAUAUUAAUAAUUUAAAAAUCUUAAAAAUUAAAAGCUUUGGUGCAUGUUAUACUAUAAAGAUUUACAGUAAAGAAACAUGUGGUAUUUUGUGAUCAUUGGCAAAUGCAAAGACAACAAUAAGAAAUAUAAAUGUGUCCAAGACCAAUUUUCUCAUCAUCCGCAACACUUUUCAAUCAUUGUUUAAGCCCUCAAGGAACUAAAAUUUAAAACAAAAAAUUGUUGGAAGGGACAUAAUUGACUGUGACACUCAAGAUGGCUACCAGGUAAGCAGUUCUUAUUUUUUCUCUCCAAAUAAAAGUUGAAAUUGUUUGUCAUAGUACCUAGGCAACUUUUUAGUUCGAAUUACCGAAACAUGAGUUUGUAAAUGCAUUUAUUUAAUGUAAUAUCAUGUUGCGGUUAUGAUAAUUUUUGAUGAUGAUAAUCUAAAAAAUGUAAAUAAUUCUAUAGGAAUUUUUUUAAAUACCCCAAAAAUAAUGGUUAUAGUAAGUUCAGACCUUAAUCUUAUAUGUGCAAAAAUAGAUUUCGUGAGAAUCACUCAUAUGUGGGUCAGGUCUAAUAUACACUAGAAGGGUGAAAAUCAAGGGUGAAUGGAGGGGUAGGACAGCUCUCCUAAACAAGUUUCCACCUUAACUUGUUUGGUGGAGCUAAAUUCAAGUCUCAAAUGUUGAUGCCACCUUUACAUAUACUGUGUGUGUGAGUGAGAGAGAGAGAGAGAGAGAGAGAGAGAGAGAGAGAGAGAGGGAGAAAGGUCUAUUUAAUUCAUAUAAUAUGUGUGUGAUGGAUGGUUGAUGUUGCCUUGAAAAAGGAAAAAAGGAAAACUUCUGUGUUUUUUGGAUGAGAUAUUAGUGAGUUUUAUUUAAAUAAA